UAUCAUAAUCUAUACAUAAAGCAGUUUAAUUACACUUGUAGGUUGGAUCUAAACUAAGAAGAGAAGACAAGAAGGUGUGGGUUAAGAGGCAGCCACAUAACCCUAGCCAAGUGGGGUGGAGGCCUGGGUCAGAUGGAUAGGCCUUAAAAGGGUGCUCCUCCCACCACCAAUGCCCCUUAAAAUUAGCAGCUCUCAAUCCUAGUUUAGCCAAAAAAAAUUUCUCAACGGCCUCCCCCAAAAAAAUAGAACCCUGAAAACAAACAAAGACCAGGUUUCCACCGUCUGCGCGAUCCAAGGUUGUGGGGUUCAAACAGCAAAGACCUCUUCUUCCUCCCCUCUUCCCUCUCCUCUCCUCUCUAUCUGAAAACAAGAAGAACAAGGAGAGCUGAUGUCUAUUGCUCUGGGAGCUCCUUCAGGCUCCAAGGACAUUGACCUUGCCACCCCGGAGAUGGAGAAAGAAGAGAACGAGAACAAGAAGCUGCAUGAGGAGGAUGAGGAGGUGGAGAAAACCAAUGGCGACGCAGAUGAGAAGCUGAGCAGGAAAUUCAGCUGCACUUCGGUCAGCUCGACCGACAUCAACGACGACGACGCCGGCGAUGAGGACGAUGACGACGAGGAUAAGAGAGCAGUGCAGCUGGGCCGCCAGGUCCCACUCAAGGAGCAGCUGGAGAUGGAUAAGGAUGAUGAAAGCUUGAGGAGGUGGAAAGAACAGCUGCUUGGCAGUGUUGAUCUUACUGAUGUUGGAGAGAAUCCAGAUCCAGAAGUAAAAAUCCUAAACCUUACCAUCCUAACUCCUGAUCGUCCGAAUCUUGCUUUACCAAUUCCCUUCGUCCCUGAUGCAAAGGGCUAUGCAUUUGCACUCAAAGAUGGGAGCCGCUACCGUCUCAAGUUCUCUUUCACCGUCCUCAACAACAUUGUCUCUGGACUCAGAUACACAAACACAGUGUGGAAGACUGGAGUAAGAGUGGAGAACAGAAAAGUAAUGUUAGGGACUUUCAGUCCUCAGAAGGAACCUUACACAUAUGAAUUGGAAGAAGAGACCACCCCUUCUGGUAUAUUUGCAAGGGGAUCCUAUUCUGCUAGGACAAAGUUUGUGGAUGAUGAUGGGAAGGUAUAUCUGGACAUGAGUUACUACUUCGAGAUUAGAAGGGACUGGCCAGCGAUUUCUUGAGCAAACUACUAAUUUUACUGAUAUUGAUUAAAGAUGUUGUAUGAUUCCAUCCACAAGUGAAUUCAAAUUGAUCUUUUGUCUAGAAGGCUUAGGUGAGAGAAUUUACUAGUUUUUUUGCAUAAUUGCAAUUGGAUGAAUGGCAGACUUCACAAGAAAGUAAGCUGAGGGAGCAAUGUACUGAACUAUUAUAGUCCCAUGCUGGAAUCUUCUCUCUUUCCCUCUCUCUCUCUCUCUCAACCUUUGAUAUAGAGAUUCUUUUUGAUAAUUAUUUUAA